UCAAGGGCUGCUCAUGGGGAAGGCCUCCAGACCCGGGCUAUUUUAAGCACAGAUGUUUCCAUUCAUAAGCCUAGGAAGUCCAAGGAGGGAGAAGCUAUCCUGGCCCCUAGCAAGCUUCCUACUCCCUGCAUGUGACUUUCAUCUCCCCCAGGGGAGGGGGCUGGUGUAGGGCAGGUCUGGAGAGCUGGGAGACAUCAUUCUGGCCCCCUCUAUACCCCUCCCUUCCUCCCUUUCUCUGUCCAUUGGGAGGCAGAAGACAGGAAAUGACUGCCAUGGAUGUGGUAUGAUUUUUACCAAAACAGCAUUUUGCAGCUCAGGCCCGUGCUGUUCGCAGCUGUUUUCCUCUAAUACCAGCCAGGUGGCCGCCUCCUAUGUUCCCCUCCCGGUCCCUUCGUAUGACUUCAGCCUUCGGAUUCUAAGCGCCUGGCUGCUUUCCACAUUCCAUUCCCCUCCAGAACCCAGGCAUCCUGGGCUCCAGCUGAAACCAUUGCAUGUGGUUUUCCCGAUCCCUGGCCCUGUGACUCAGUCCCUCUGAAGGGAGCAGCCCUCUUUUUUGGCAAUCACCGGGGAGGUGGGGGGAGGAGGAGGGGAGCUAGGUGGUGACAUCACAGUCGAAGGUUAUAAAAGCUUCCAGCCAAACAGCAUUGAAGUUGAAGAUACAACCUGACAGCACAGCCUGAGAUCUUGGGGAUCCCUCAGCUUAACACCCACAGACAUCGGCUGGUGGAUUCCCGCUGCAUCAAGGCCUACCCACUGUCUCCAUGCUGGGCUCUCCCUGCCUUCUGUGGCUCCUGGCCGUGACCUUCUUGGUUCCCAGAGCUCAGCCCUUGGCCCCUCAAGACUUUGAAGAAGAGGAAGAAGAUGAGACUGAGACGGCGUGGCCGCCUUUGCCGGCUGUCCCCUGCGACUACGACCACUGCCGACACCUGCAGGUGCCCUGUAAGGAGCUACAGAGGGCCGGGCCGGCGGCCUGCCUGUGCCCAGGACUCUCCAGCCCUGCCCAGCCGCCCGACCCGCCGCGCAUGGGAGAAGUGAGCAUUGUGGCCGAAGAGGGCCGCGCAGUGGUCCACUGGUGUGCCCCCUUCUCCCCGGUCCUCCACUACUGGCUGCUGCUUUGGGACGGCAGCGAGGCUGCGCAGAAGGGGCCCUCGCUGAACGCUACGGUCCGCAGAGCCGAACUGAAGGGGCUGAAGCCAGGGGGCGUUUAUGUCGUUUGCGUGGUGGCCGCUAACGAGGCUGGGGCAAGCCGCGUGCCUGAGGCUGGAAGAGAGGGCCUCGAGGGGGCCGACAUCCCUGCCUUCGGGCCUUGCAGCCGCUUUGCAGUGCCGCCCAACCCCCGCACUCUGGUCCACGCCGCCGUCGGGGUGGGCACGGCCCUGGCCCUGCUGAGCUGUGCCGCCCUGGUGUGGCACUUCUGCCUACGCGAUCGCUGGGGCUGCCCGCGCCGAGCCGUCGCCCGAGCAGCAGGGGCGCUCUGAAAGGGGCCUGGGGGCAUCUCGGGCACAGCCAGCCCCACCUGCGGCGCUCAGCCCGGCUCCUGGAAAGAGGGGAACCCGCUGCCUCCAGGGAGGGCUGGACGGUGAGCUGGGAGCCAGCCCCAGGCUCUAGAGCCACAGCAGAGUCAUGGUUCUCUGGGCUGAGCGCUUGUUUAGGUCCGGGACCUGGCGCUUUGUUUCCUGGCUGAGGUCUGGGAAAGAAUAGAAAGGGGCCCCCAAUUUUUUUUUUUAACGGUCAGAUAGUAAAUAAUGUAACCUUUGCGGUUUAAGAGGAUAAAA